AUGCUUGUAGCCGGACGUGCUAGUGGAUGGUGGGGAUCCAAUCUUAGAGUUGCGGAUGCAAUAAGUUUGGAUUCACCAUUGUGUUUGAUUUUACAGCACCAGCCUCUGAACACUUUGAAUUUAGAGGACAAAACUUCAAUGAAGGUGAUAUCGUGCGACAUGAUGGCUAGAUAUUGGAAGAAUGCUUGA